GCAACAGCGAUGAAAGUCGAUAAGCUCAAAGUCAGAGCGAGGAAGAAUCUCAAUCCACCACCUUGCGGUACAGAAUUGAGUGGAUUGCUCAAUUGUUUUGCUAGUAGUGGAGAUUACCUUGCGGUUAGUCAAUGUGCACAGUAUAGUACAUCCUUAGCGAAUUGCAUGGCAUCAAAGGGACGUACAAAACCAAAGGAGAAGUCAACAAUCAACUACCACCUCGCUAGAAUGAGCAAAACAAAGUAAUUU